AUGAUCAGGUUAAAACUUCAAGAUUCAAAAGAUAUAAAACCAACCAAGACACUACUAGAAGAUAACAAAUGGCUUAAUAAAACCAAAAAAAUAGAGAACGACAACAAUCAAUACCACAUAUAUACUACCCUAAAGGUUCUACCGAUUGAAUUAUCUAACUUUCAAUAUGAUUACUAUAAUGAAGAUGAAGGAAACUCAUCGAAAAAACAAACUAUAGAUUCAAUCGUGGAUGCUUACAACAAUGACAACAAAACAAAUAUAAAACCACCUAAAAGAUGGUCAAUUUACCCACCUAUGCUAUUGUUUAAUGAUUCAAAUAUACUAGAAAGUAAUGAUAAUCCGAAGUCACUCUGUGAAUUGCUACUAGAGAACCAACAAGAAGUUUUUGGAACAAAUGAUCUAACUCAUAUAGCAAUAAACAAACCAAUAUUAGAAACAAAUAAUAUAAUGAGAAAACCUUUAAAUAUUUUACCAAUAUAUGGAGAUUUUGGUCCUACUUUAUUAUCAGAUGAUCAUUCACCAACUAAUCAAGAUUUUCAAAACGCAUUUUGGUGUCAUGUAAUUCAAAAUGGAAUUUAUCAAACUUGGGCUCCUAAAUAUACAAUGUUUUCAAGAGGUAAUAUCAAGGAGAAAAAAAGAAUUUUAGACGAAUUUAAAAAGUUGCAAGGUACUGUAAUUAUUGAUUUUUAUUGUGGAAUUGGAUAUUUUUCAUUAAGUUAUUUAAAAAAUGGUGGGAAAUUAUUAUGUUGGGAAUUAAAUCCAUGGUCAAUUGAAGGGUUUAGACGAAGUUUGGAGAAACAAGGAUAUAAAUAUAAGAUUGUAAAGGAGAAUGAAGAAUUCCACUUGGAACAUAACAUUAAUGAUUAUGAUGCUAUUUUGUUCUUAGAAAGUAAUGAAAAAAUACCUUGGAGAUUAAGAAAUUUACCAAAUAAUUCAUUAAAAUUAUGUCAUAUAAAUUUAGGUCUUUUACCAACUUCUAAACCAAGUUGGUCAAUUGCAAAAAAUUUAAUCUCUGAAAAAGCAAUUAGAGAACAAGAUUUCAAAACUAUAAUUCAUGUACAUGAAAAUGUUCAUGUAAAUGAUUUUGAAAAAAUGAAAUUAGAAAUUGAGCUGGAAUUUAAUGGUUCUGUUAUUGCUACUGAAAAAAUCAAAACUUUUGCUCCAGAUGUUUGGCAUGUAGUUUUUGAUGUUGAAUUAUAA